CAAGAAUGGCGGAUGAAGAUAAAGGUGUGUCUGAAACGCUCUGCGGAUGUUGCCGAAGAAAUGUGGUUAAAUCCAUUAAAUGUGAAAAAUGUGAUAGCAGAUAUCAUCCAUCGUGCAUCACAAGAAUAAAAGGUGCAAAAAUCGGCGAUAAAUCAUCCCUGGUUUGUUGUGAAUCGGGAAAAGAAGCCGAGGAAUUGUCAGAAGAUUGUAUUAUUGACGAUACAAAUAACAUCGCAACCGAAAUUAAACAAACGAUUACAAUUGAAUCAACCAAAUUGGAAUUGAUGAUCAAAAUUAUCCAAGAAUUGGAGGAUAAAAACCAAGUUCUGAAUGAGAAUAAUCAACUACUGAAAUAUAAAAUUUCCGUUCUCGAGAAAACCAUAUCAGAAUUCGAACCUAAACAAGUACAUAUUGAAAAAACAUCUUAUAAACAAAGGGAAUGUGUGAAAGGAGACAAACAAUUCGAAGUGAGUAAUAAUAUUGAAGAUUCUGUAACUGGAAGUCUCGAGAAAUUCAAAAAUCAAAUAAUCCCCUCGAUGAGGAUAACAAAGCAUGCAGUAACAAGACAGCACAAAGAUUUGGAAUUAAUCCAGGAGAAGAAAAUGGCAGAAAUUAUAAACCUCGGAAAAUUUGAAAAUGUAAAAGAUAUUCAAGAAAAUGUGAAUAUGAAGGAGAAAACAAAGAAAAGAGAAAAUGAUGAAGGAUGGAACGAAAUACAGAAGAGAAGACAAAGAAAACCAAAACAACCUCUAUUAGGUACCUGUAAAGUAGAUGGAAAAAACAACAAUUUCAGCGGACAGGAAAAGAAGGCAUGGUUUUUUAUCAAUAGAGUUAAGGAACAUGCAACAGAAAAUAGCAUUGAACAUUAUAUCAAACAAAGACCUGGAUUUGAAAAUGUGAAUGUGGAGGUGAAGGAGUUAUUCUUUGAGGAGAAAAAAGGAAAAAACAAAAGCUUUUUAGUGAGGGUACCAUUUGAGAGGAAAGAUGAUCUAUAUAAUCCACAGUUCUGGCCAGAAAAUGUGGGAAUAGGAAGAUUUAAUAUGCAAUUAUACAAGAAAAGAUGUCCAGAAAAUUCUUUUUUUUAGGAAAUAGAAACCUAAAAUUAGAGAAAAGAUUUCAAGAAAAAGGAAAACAUAAUGAAACAAAUAUACUACAUAUUGGCACUCAGAAACCAUCGAAACCAUCUUUUGCGAUUAUCCACCAGAAUAUUCAGUCAAUAGGAAAUGCAGUUGACCAAUUAGAAGUGUUCCUCCAAGACCAUAAAGAAUGUGAAGUGCUAUGUUUGAGUGAACAUUGGAAAACAGGAGAACAACUGAUGAAUUACUCAAUAGCAAACUACAACCUGUUAAGCUCUUUCUGCAGAGGAGAAAAAAGACAUGGUGGAAGCGCCAUAUAUGUAGGAAAGAACAUGAAGAACUUCCAAAAUAGGGAAAAAAUAGUACAAAUGUCGGAAAUAGGGCACAUUGAAUGCGCUGCAAUUGAAGGUAAGACCACAGUGCACAACAAAUAAAUAUAUGGAAGAAUGAAGUAGACAAAUACAACAUAUACAGAAGACAUUUCACAUCCCAAAACAGGAAGGUAUUCAGAGAAAAGUUGGAAAGUUGUUGUUGGAGUGAAAUAUAUACCAUAGAAGAAGAAAAUGUAAACAGACAGUGGAUGACGUUCUACUCAAAGUUUCUCAAAUUGUUCAAUGAGACAUUCCCCAAGAAAAAAUCAAGGAUUAGAAGGAAAACCUAUAUCAACAGAAACC